GAGACGCGGCUUUGAGGGCAAGGUGAAAGGUCAAUGCAGCUGUUAGCACGCUGCUAGCAUACUGCUAUACUGUUAGCACGGUGCUAGCACGCUGUUAGCAUACUGCUAGCAUGCUCACAGUCUGCUGUAGUUGUGUUUUUGUUGCGUUUGGUGAAAGUUUCGAGGGAAAUCCGCCCGAUCCAUCAAUCUGUGAUUUAUGAGAGAUUUAAGAGACAUUUAUAAGAGGUUUAUGAGAGUUUUAAGAUAGAUUUAUAAGAGGUUUAUGAGCAGAUCAUGAGUCUGAACGAGCACUCGCUCCAGGCUCUGUCCUGGAGGAAACUCUACCUCAGCCGAGCCAAACUCAAGGCUUCAAGCCGAACCUCCGCGCUGCUGUCCGGGUUCGCCAUGGUGGCGAUGGUGGAGGUGCAGCUGGAUAACAGUUACCCGUACCCUCCUGCUCUGCUCAUCGCCUUCAGCGCCUGCACCACGGUGCUCGUGGCCGUUCACCUGUUCGCUCUUAUGGUCAGCACCUGUAUUCUGCCCAAUAUUGAAGCGGUCAGUAACGUCCACAACCUGAACUCGGUGAAAGAGUCUCCGCACGAGCGCAUGCACAGACACAUUGAACUGGCCUGGGCUUUUUCCACUGUGAUCGGCACGUUGCUGUUUCUGGCUGAAGUUGUGUUACUUUGUUGGGUAAAAUUUUUGCCAAUCAAACCCAACAAAUCCAACAACAACACGGUGUCGUCGGGCGUAGCCGCCGCCAUCACCUCCACCUCCAUCAUGGUCCCGUUUGGGUUGGUCUUCAUCGUGUUUGCGGUGCAUUUUUACCGCUCCUUAGUGAGUCACAAGACUGACAGACAGUUUCAGGAGCUGGAGGAGUUAUCAAACCUGACCAGAUUACAGAACGAGCUGGACAACAGAGGAGACUCGUCCAUUCUACAGUCUCCAUCUUCACAUUUCCCUUAAAGAAGAAACAAGAAACCUCUGAACCUACGAGCCACUGAGGGAUUUCUGGAACCUUGGAUUUCACUGCACUGCAAAUAAUGCAUGUAAAACAGUUUAUGUAAUACAGUUAAUAUAUGUAAUACAGUUUAUUUUAAACAGUUUUAAAUCAAAUAACACACCGAAUAAUAGAAGUGUAUCAAAAAAGUUGAUUUGUUUUUUAUAUGUAACUUGUGACAUCAUGUCUGCUGUAACAAAUCACGUCUGCUGCUGCUGCUGUUUUUUUCUUGUCUCUGUUGAUCAUUGCUGCUUUUUUAUUAUGUGUUUUAUGAACCAUUCAUUUAUUGUUUGUCGUAUGUGAUUCUAACAGUUUGUCAUAUAAGUGCAUGCUAUUUGAACAGAAUAAUGUGCUACAGAGCAGUAUUAUCAGCACAAUAAGGGGAUUUCUCAAGUAUUUAACUUUCAUUUCAAAUGUUUAUUUUUAUGACUUGAAGUACCUUGAACUCAAAACACAUUAACACAUUUUGCUGUAAAAUAAAAAUGUACAUACACUUUC